AUGAGAUGUUUAGAGGAUGAGGUUCAUAGGAGAUGGAAUACUUUUAUUAAUGGAAAAUGGAGUAGUAUGAGGAAAAGAGUCGAUGUAGCAAAUGUGAUGGAGAUGGUUUUGAAGCUUGGAAACAAGUGCAGUAUUGAAGAAUGCAGUUUGGCGCUCAGGGAAGUGGUUAGGAUGUAUAUCAAGGAUGUGAGACAACAAUUGGAGAGAGUUGGAAUGCUGUUGAGUAUGAUGGAUACCAAAAAGCAGAUUAGAAGGAUAGUACCUGGAAAGAAGAACCGGAAUAUGCUACCGAUGGAAGAUGAGUAUGUGACGACAAUGUGUGAUUUUGAGGCUGAUAUUGAAUGGAAUGGCGAGAGUUUGAUGUUUAGCAGCAAUGAGGCGUAUGAGGAGCGUGUUGAGAGUGGAAUAGAAUGGAAACCGAAGAAAAGAGCCAUUGACAUUGAAACAGAGCUUGACUUGAGUGAUUGGUAUGGCAGAAGUACCAUAGGAACAAAGAUACCGCUUGAAGUGGACAUGAGGAUGUUUGGAGGACGAGAUGUGUUUGUUGUGAAUGAGAUGAUGAGGAUGGUGUGUGAAAGACAGGUACUUGAGAUUGAGGAGAGUGAAGCACCGAUGUUGAGCUCGGCAACGUUGAGUUCAAUUGAGCAAAUGCGUAACUCAUCGACGCUAACGGCUGAGCAAAUGAGAGGCUCAUCAACUGUUUUUGAAGUGAGCGAAUCUGAGGUGGAAGCAGAGAGCGAAUGGCUUUCACUUUUUGCAUCUGGAGCUGAUUUCAAUAGCCAUGUGAGUGAAUGGAAUAACAGGAUGAAGGCAAGGAUGUUUUUGAAGAUACUUGAGUUGAGCAGUGAAGGGAUAAUUAGACCAGUGCAGGAAACUCCGUACGGAAGGAUUAUACUUGAUAGGUGUUGGAUGUAG